AUGAACUGGUUAUUAGGAGGAUCGCCACAAACACAAGAACAUCAAGGAGAGAGCAGCACGUUAGGUUUCGACGCCAAAGAAGUCAGCAACAUCAGCUCCUUCUUGGGUCAGCCAGGUCUCUUUGACUCGCAGAAGUUACAUCCUUUGGCCGGCUUGGAUAGAGGUAUCGAAUACUUGGAUUUGGAAGAAGAACAAUUAAACACGGUGGAAGGCGCCCAAGGGUUGAUUCCUUCCAGAAACUGGACCGACGACUUGUGUUACGGAACCGGGGCCGUGUACUUGUUGGGUUUGGGAGUUGGAGGUGCUUAUGGAUUUCAAGAAGGAUUGCAGAAUUUACCUGCCAACUCGUCUUCCAGAUUGAAGUUGAACACAGUGUUGAAUCACAUCACCAAGAGAGGCCCCUUCUUGGGGAACUCGGCUGGGGUGUUGGCGUUGACGUAUAAUUUGAUUGAUUCUUCGUUGGACGCUGUCAGAGGCAAACACGAUGAUUUGAACUCAGUGGCAGCCGGUGCUUUGGCUGGUGCUCUCUUCAGAAGUAGUGCAGGUGUGAGACCCAUGGGAUACUCCACCGUGAUCAUGGCUGCUGCUGCAGGUGCAUGGUGUGGAAUUAAGAGAGUUUUACAGUAG